GUGUUUACUUCCGGAUUUCGUUCGUAGCACAACUAGAGCUAGCAGCUGGAGAUCGCCGUAGCGGAGCAAAGGGGUUCAUGACAGAGUGCAGAUGAAAUAGAUAAAGGAGCGGUAUCUCGUCGUUGUCAAUUAUUUCAGCCCCUCAAUCCUUGAAGAGUAUUCGGUCUGCCAGCUCACAGAGGCGGCAGAGCGAACACACGGGAUACCUCCCAGACCGGAAAGUGGACCGUUGUCCGACUCCGCUCUCCUCGUCUUCUCUUCUUCGAGCUCAAAGUCAAUACUGAGCUCGUCUCGCUAGCAAUCGGUGAAGCACCUGCGAUCCAAACGUAGUGCAUGCUCGAGCUAUAGAAGCUCCGGUUAAAAACCGCGACAUCCUUAAUAGUUUUUUUACAUUUGACAAGCGUGUUCAUCAAGAAAGGGGAGAGACCAAUCCGGGGAGCGACUGGAUUUGGGGCCAGGCGGUCAAGCAAGGGGUGGCUGGAUAAAGCAGAGGGUCGGCUCCAGCCCUUGGAGGAUCUAUCCCUAGCGACACACAUCAAAAUGGACUGGUUAAUGGGGAAGUCCAAGACGAAGCCCAAUGGGAAGAAGGCCCCAGCGGAGGAGAAGAAGCAGUACCUGGAGCUGGAGUUCACCAAAGUACGCGUCGUCGACUUCGACCUCAAAGAGCUGGUGGUCCUGCCCAGAGAGAUCGACCUCAACGAAUGGCUCGCCAGCAACACAACCACCUUCUUCAAUCUUAUAAACCUGCAGUAUAGCACCAUCUCAGAGUUCUGCACUGGGGACACCUGUCAAGCCAUGACUGCCUGCAGCACAAUAUACUACUGGUAUGACGAGAAGGGGAAGAAGACCAAAUGCACAGCGCCGCAGUAUGUGGACUUCGUCAUGAGUCUAGUGCAGAAACUGGUUACAGAUGAGGACAUCUUUCCCACAAAAUACGGCAAAGAGUUCCCCAACUCAUUUGAUUCUUUGAUAAAGAAGAUCUGCAGGUUCCUGUUCCACGUGCUGGCUCACCUUUACUGGGCGCACUUUAAGGAGACGGUAGCUCUGGAUCUCCAGGGCCACUUGAACACUCUGUAUGCACAUUUCAUCGUUUUCGUACGGGAAUUCAACCUGGUGGACCCCAAGGAGACCUGUAUCAUGGACGACCUGUCCGAGGUCCUGUGCGCCCCCGCCCCGCCCCCGCCCCCGGCCCCCUCCAGCCCCACCUCGUCCCCUUCCCCACAGAACCAUGUGACGGAGAGAUGAGCAGGGCGUGACAUGAGGAACCAUGACUGGAGAAGAUGGAAGAUGAGAUGGAGGAUCAGCGGCCUGCCCCCCCUUCCUCAGCCCAUAGCGGCAGCAGGACUUACAGACCUUCUACUACCCUUAUAUUUCGCUACCAUGACACCAACCAACCAGCCGAAAGGAAGGGGGGGGUGGGUUUGGGGGGGUGGGCAUGGGUUGGGGGGGGUAGCGGGGGUAGCGGGAGGGGUUUGUUACGCCAGCAGGAAUUGGCGUGAGCGUUCCUCACAGGGGCAAAUCCCUCCCACCUUCUCUGCAAUUUAAAUUAGGAACAAACGAUGUUUAUGUUUUAUUUUAAUAUUCAUUUUGUUUUAUUUUUUUAUAAAAUAAAAUAAACGUUU